UCAAAAGGCGAGCAGAGGACAGCUAGGGUUUUUUGCUCUCCCCGCCGCCGCGCCAUUUUGAAGCCUCACCGGCCUCCGUCUUCUCGCCGCCGAAACCACUAUGUCGAAGAGGAAGAAUAGGGAACCCAAAGAGGAUAAUGUGACCCUUGGACCAGCGGUACGAGAAGGGGAGCAUGUCUUUGGAGUUGCCCACAUCUUUGCGUCAUUCAAUGACACUUUCAUUCAUGUUACUGAUUUAUCUGGAAGGGAAACACUUGUUCGCAUUACUGGUGGUAUGAAAGUCAAGGCUGACCGAGAUGAAUCAUCUCCUUAUGCUGCCAUGCUUGCAGCUCAAGAUGUGGCACAGCGAUGCAAGGAACUUGGGAUCACUGCUCUGCAUAUUAAGCUGCGAGCAACCGGUGGGAACAAAACUAAGACACCUGGUCCUGGUGCUCAGUCUGCCCUCAGGGCACUUGCUCGUUCUGGGAUGAAAAUUGGUCGCAUUGAGGAUGUGACGCCCAUUCCCACUGAUAGCACUCGCAGAAAGGGUGGAAGAAGAGGAAGGAGGCUGUAGUUCCCUUCGUCGCUGCGUCGAGGAGCCCCAGUCAAUUCUCAACAGUGCUCAUGUCUUUGUUAUUUGGAACAAUUUUGCAGUAAUUUCUAUAUUCGUUUAGUUUAUGACAGUUUGUUGAGAUUAUAAUCUGCUGUUUUCGGGUAAACUUCAAAACCAUGAUGUUCAACGUUGGCCUUAUUUCACUGUGUGCUUAUCUCGAUCCUUAAAUGAUCUUCAACUAGUUUUCUUUA